UCUCAACCUGUCUAGUUUAAAGGAUGCUUCACUAGAGCUGGCACUGUGGGAACCUGACCUCUCCAGCGGUUUCUACACAGGCGACGCUCACACAGCGGUGCCGAACCGAUUUCACUUUUCAAAAGACCCCCCCCAAAAAAAGGCGACACGAUUCUGCAACUCAAGUACUGACGUGGUUCGCAUCCACGCCGGCUUGUAUUCGAGAAUUCGAUGUUCGCUCUUUAUCCAGGAUUUCAAAGCUGGGCUUUUCCCCCCAGUUCUUUUUCUUCCUGUAAAUUCGAAAUUCUGAAAGACGGGGUUGCUGUUCACGUUAGAACCGGCUUCAGUCUGCAUUUCGGGAGUAACAGCAAUUAUUUUCACAGAUGUGAGAUGGUGUUGCUCUAAUGCGAGCAGUCUGUUUUCCACCAGGUAGCAGCUGCGGUAGUCAUUAGGUAGUAACACCGAGAUAUAGGGGGAGAGAGGGGGAGGUGGGGAGAGAGAGGAGAGAGAAAGAGGGGACGAGAGAUCUUAACGGGAAUGCCAGUCUCUAGGCUUGUCAGUGUGCCUGCUGUAAUGAAUGUGUGCGCACUCUAGACUCAUCCUGCGAGGACACUGGCGAUUCUGCAAGGCUUUUCUUAUCGUUGUUUCGUGGGAUCUUUUUUUUUUCCUUCUACCUAUGGAUCCCCAAGAUUCGUUUCGGUUCACAGAAAGCAGGAACUGUUAGAGGGCUGCACGUCUGUAUUAACGACAUUUCCAACGGCUUUUGGAUAUGGGACCCUGCUGUAGAAUGAGGAGUUAUCGUAGAGGAGGAUUUCAGUCUUCCUGAAUGAAGACUAGGCUUUGAGCACGGGAGCUGAGAGACGACACGCUGUGAAGAUGCGCUCUAUCCGCUGGCUGGUCUUGCUGCUCAUCAAUGGGACUGCUUGUUUGUUGGCUCUGGGACAACCACACGCCUCCCAGAGUCAGAAAGGCGCAGAGGGUGAACGCACCAAGUCGGUGGGGAUCCUCAGUGGCCAGGGCUUGUCUCCUCUGGGCCGGUGGAUGCUGCACACCAAGAGCCGAGCAGCUAACACCACCUCCUUGGAGCUGCCUUACCGCUCACCACUGCCCUUCUCUAAGCAGGAGUUCUGGGAGAUGCUGGGCAGUGACCUCCGGCCUGACCCGGUGUCCCGAGUGAAGCGGCGGCCCAUCGUGAAGACGGGCAAGUUCAAGAAGAUGUUCGGCUGGGGGGACUUCUACUCCAACAUCAAGACAGUGCGUCUCAACCUGCUGAUCACCGGCAAGAUCGUGGACCAUGGCAACGGCACCUUCAGCGUCUACUUCCGCCACAACUCCACCGGCCAGGGCAAUAUCUCGGUGAGCCUGGUGCCCCCCGUCAAGGCAGUGGAGUUCGACCUGGAGCGUCAGAGCGUGGUACACCCCAAGGACUCCAAGAUCUUCAACUGCCGGGUGGACUACGAGAAGGUGGACCGCAACAAGAAGACCUCGCUCUGCAACUACGACCCUUCCAAGACCUGCUUCCAGGAGCAGACACAGAGCCAUGUCUCCUGGAUCUGCUCCAAGCCGUUCAAAGUCAUCUGCAUCUAUAUCUCCUUCUACAGCACAGACUAUCGCCUAGUGCAGAAGGUGUGUCCUGACUACAACUACCACAAUGAGAUGCCAUACCUCCCAUCAGGAUAGGGGAAAGGGCACUACGGAGGUCAUGCAGGGGGCAGGGACAUUAAAGAACUUGGUUUUGAGAUUUACGUUACUUGUUGACCAGUGGCUAAGUAGAAGGAUGUACCAGGAGGUGUCUUCAGCAUUGGUCAAGGAUAAAACUCUUUAAAAGUCUUUUAUUAUGUGCAGAGCUGCCCUGCACUUUCUGUCCAUCCAAGUUAUGCCCAGUCCUACCAGUCUCUCUCCUUUACUGAUGCUUUUAAUGUAACUACACAAAAACAGACUUCAAAUUCAUGUAUUCAGAGAUAGAGGGGCCAGGCUGUUCUCCUAAGAAGAAAUCAAAUUUACAGCAUGUUAAAAGAUUUUCUGUAGUCAUAUAAAAACUAUAAAUUCCAAUGAAUUCCAAACAAAGGAUGCCCAGUUUUAAAGAGAGCUAUUUUGAAAGUUGAAAGUGUUGUUUGAGAUUCCUUUCUAUUUCAAUCAAUAUUAGCUGGCUAAGGCAAAACGUACAAGAUAAGAAGGGUGGUUGAAAUGACCCUGAGCAGCUUAUAAAAGGGAAUUCAAAUCCUUAAUAUGUUUUACCACCAGGGAUCUCUCAACUCAUCCAGUUUAAUCCAUCCCCUUCAUUAGUCUUUUGGAUUUCCAAAAUUAAGAAUUCACUUAUUUAGCAAGGACUGGAAUUUCACACCUAUGCACCAAAACUGGGAACAGCAUUAAUAAUUACUCAGAUGUGGUUUGCUAGGAGGCGUCAAAAAUGAUUGAUAUGUGGUAUCAUAUGCACUGAUUUUCUUAUGUACUAUUUGUCAUGUUUUUACAGUUUGCAAUCAAGUGAAAAUAUUUUUUAAGGUUGAUUUGGACCAACAAGUCUAGAAAAUGCAGUUAAAUGCAGCUCUGAGCAGCUGAAGCCUCUGUUCCUUUAAAGUGUAGAGUAGUCUAAACGAAGUCUUCCAGUCUUCUUUAAUUUUAAACAAUAAUUACACAGAGAAUUGGAAUCCCUCUAACUUCUACUUUUGGUCAGCUCGGGAAAAAAAACUAAACAAACUCGAGCUUUCCCUACAGCCUCAGUGCAGUGUGAUUUAAAAUUGACUCUAUGGGAUGCUGCUCAAAGUAAAAAAAAUAGAGAAGGGUAAAUACCUGGAACCAGUACCCGACAUCCUUACAGAUGUGGGAUCACGAAGUGAAUGAUCAAACAGGGGCUUCAGCUGCAAGAAGGUGUGACAAAGCUCUGAAGCUACAGUGUGUCGUGGCGGGGUCUCUGGGCACAGUAGCACUUUGUAGGUACAGUAUGGUCAAUAUCUAUUCAUUUCCGUUGCUACUCUAUGUGCAUCUAAAGCUGUAAUUGAUCUUCAUUAAGCUGCCUCCAACAGCAAGAGGAUUUUUUUUUUUGCAUUUGAAAGAUCUGUUUUGUUGUUAGCGUGGCAUAUGGUUCUUAAAAUGUAAAGAAGUACGUGUUGAUUCCCACAUGUUAAAUGGAUAAAACUGAACAAAUAAAAACAAAUGUAGACAUCA